CCUCUUCCCUCCCUCUCUCGUUGGUCCACAAUGGUACAGCCAGCAUCUUGCAGCACAAUGGUUGCAAGGUGGUGAGCCGAGGGUGAGUGAUUCAGCACCAGCGAACUUCUGCUUUUUUUUCCUUUUCCUCAUCGUCUUUUUGUCAGCCUUCAGCAAUGAUCACCGCAAUGUUUCUCGUCGGGAUGUUUUGAAAAAGGACCGUCACCGGACUGGGAUCGUCAUCAGCUGGCACGGAAUGGUAUUUAUGAGCAGACAUUUCUUAUAUAACUGCAGCCAACCCAUCCUGGAUGUGAAGAUAGCUUUUUGUCAGGUGUGUGUUCCUUACAGGUAAAAAAGGGUUUUGGAAAACAAGUGGAUGUGUCAUAUAUCGCCAAACAUUACAACAUGAGUAAAAGCAAAGUGGACAACCAGUUCUACAGCGUGGAAGUGGGAGACUCCACUUUCACAGUUUUAAAACGUUACCAGAAUUUAAAGCCCAUUGGCUCUGGAGCUCAGGGAAUUGUCUGUGCUGGCUAUGAUGCUGUCCUGGACAGAAAUGUAGCCAUCAAGAAGCUGAGCAGACCCUUCCAGAACCAGACCCAUGCCAAGAGGGCAUACCGGGAGUUGGUGCUCAUGAAAUGUGUCAAUCACAAAAAUAUCAUCAGUUUAUUAAAUGUCUUCACACCACAGAAAUCAUUAGAGGACUUCCAGGAUGUGUACCUAGUGAUGGAGCUGAUGGAUGCCAACUUGUGCCAGGUGAUUCAGAUGGAGCUUGACCACGAGAGAAUGUCCUACCUGCUCUACCAGAUGUUGUGUGGUAUCAAACAUCUGCACUCAGCCGGCAUUAUUCACAGGGACCUCAAACCAAGCAAUAUAGUGGUGAAGUCAGACUGCACCCUGAAGAUCCUGGACUUUGGUCUGGCCAGGACCGCAGGCACCAGCUUCAUGAUGACUCCUUAUGUGGUGACUAGAUACUACAGAGCCCCAGAGGUUAUCCUAGGCAUGGGGUACAAAGAGAAUGUGGAUUUAUGGUCGGUGGGGUGCAUUAUGGGAGAAAUGGUGCGCCACAAAAUCCUCUUCCCUGGGCGGGACUAUAUCGACCAGUGGAACAAGGUGAUUGAGCAGCUGGGCACACCCCUACCAGAGUUCAUGAAGAAGCUUCAGCCCACAGUGAGGAACUACGUCGAGAACCGGCCAAAGUACGCAGGUCUCACCUUUCCCAAGCUGUUCCCCGACUGCCUUUUCCCUGCUGACUCUGAGCACAACAAACUCAAAGCUAGCCAGGCCAGAGACCUGCUGUCUAAGAUGCUGAUCAUUGAUCCCGCUAAACGGAUAUCGGUGGACGAUGCCUUGCAGCACCCCUACAUCAACGUGUGGUACGAUCCAGCCGAGGUGGAGGCGGCCAGAGAUCUCAUCCAAAUAUCCAUGCCUCCACCUCAGAUCUACGACAAGGCGCUGGAUGAAAGAGAACACUCCAUUGAUGAAUGGAAAGAACUCAUUUACAAAGAGGUGAUGAACUUUGAGGAGAGAACGAAGAAUGGCGUAGUGAAGGGACAGCCUUCACCUUCAGGUGCAGCCGUGAACAGCAGCGAGAGCCUCCCUCCCUCCUCCUCCAUAAACGACAUCUCCUCCAUGUCCACCGACCAGACCCUGGCCUCAGACACCGACAGCAGCCUGGAGACCUCCGCAGGACCCCUGGGGUGUUGCAGGUGACUAGCCGCCUGCCUGCGAAACCCCAUGUUCUUCCGAAGGUGAAGAACCCAACCGAGAUGACCCGACUGCAAAUACACACACAGACAGACACACACACAAAAAAAAGAGUAAAGAUCAAAAUGAAUAUAUUAAGAACAAAAACACGAGUCAUGUAAACACAGAAAUGAUGAAAUCUAAAGCCUGUGCAUUGUCAUUCAAAAACAUCAGUGGUAUUUAAACUGAAGUAAAUGAGAUAUAUGUUAAUGAUCCUCUAGUUGCUUUGCUUAUAUUACCCCACAUAUCUUGUAUAUGGCAUCCAAACGAAACGACCAAAUGCUUCGACUUGCGUCUCCUAUAAAGUGCAUACCGGCUGGCUGCUGGUCUCCCAAUUCCUUACAAAAGCAUUUAUGCACCAAUCAUCGUGGCAAGGUGGGCUGCCAUUUUGCUCAUCACUACUGUACAAUACGUUCUCCCUCUGCCCUUUCCCUAUCAAACCCCUUAUGUAAUGACACUGCUGUAUUUUAACCUCGAGGCUGUGUCUCAGACGCCCUCAUAACCACCCAACACAACCCCCAAUGUAAGGUUGCCUGAUUCGUGUGUUUGUAUGUGGUUAUUCUGCAGGGAUAUGUAGUCUCUCACCCAGAGCGGCGCUUCCUGCGCUACUUGUAAAUAAUGUAAUUCUGUACAGCUGAAGGGCACACAGAGUGGGACUGAUGGCCAGUACACUGGGAGGUUUUUUUUUCUGACUAGCACACCUUGCCACAUCACCGCUUUCCACCUCAGUUGCCCCCUGCCUAUUGCUGUAGUCCUGCAUGAUUAGAUUAAACUCAAUGCUAAUCUCACUGUAUGCUAAAAUGAGUCUGUAUACAUACUUUUGUUUAUAUACGAUGUAAACUAACUGAACUCCAGACAUUGGGGGUAGGGGGGGGGGGGGGGGGGGGGGGGCGCUGGUCACAGGGUAGGACCAGUGAGUGUGUGUGCGUGUGUGUGUGUGUGUGUGUUAACCACAGGCAAGCCAUUGAGACAUUAGUAAAUGUCAGGGCUGAGUUCGGGACUUUAAAGGGUCAGUACAUUCUGAAAUAAAUGAUUUUGAUUGUGCUCAGACUUCAUGAAGUUACCCUUCAGGGGUUUAGGAAGUCUGAUUUGUGUGUAAUGUCCCUUUUAUUUCUCCUGGCAGUGUAAGAUCCGUUCCUCCGCAGCUCCACGCUGGCCCACAGCCCCGCAUGUCAUUGUGUACCAUUAACCCCUCAUAGGCACAGGUGGUUGGUCUGUUUCGCUGUGGGGUUGCCCACAAGGAGACCAUUCUUAUUUAUUUGAUUGUCUGAAACAUGGAAGGCUUUUAGAAAAGGGAUACAAAUGAUACAGUGGGAAGUUUAAAGGCGGGUGAUGAGUAGCAAUGUAUCAUUUUGUUCUCAAGAAAACCCAUGUACAUUCUUUCACUACACAACGCACAAAAACUAAAAUGUUUUUGUCAAUAAAACUAGAUAGAGGCAACCCAACAGUUAUGUUGACAACAUUAUUUCUUAGCUAGAAGAGCUUAUUUAUUGAAUUAUUUAUUUUAAUGGAUGGAACCUGAAUAUGGCAAGUGCCUUUUGGAAUGAAGCAUCGCAAGUGCAGAAAUGGUAUUAUUUUGGGUAUUUUUUCCUAUGCUUCUUCUUUUUCUGCCUUAAAACUAUCCGAAUCCCCAAUCCACCAAUGUUGGUGGAAACAUAAAAAUAAACACUGUUUAGCCAGAUGUUGGCGCUUUAACUUUAAGGUCUAGCCAGUGACGGCGACUUUUUGUGGUGUGAAAUCAAACUGCUUUCUUCAGAUUGUAAGGCUAUAAAGAUACCUGUGCUAGUUUUUACACAACAUGAAAGGUUUUCUGCCAUUUUGCAUAUUGAUUUAAUCAAAUUUCUCCUCAAACUGAAUCUCCAUAAAAUAAUGUCAUCAGAUUUUCUUAAACUGGGACCCGAGCACACAAACACUUACAGUUACAGCCCACCACUGUAGGUCACAUCCAACAUUUUGAUAUUUCACCCAGAGCCAAAAAGACCAUCUAAAGUCCAUCCCAUUCAAAACAUGAGAUCCACUGCUCACAACAACAACAACAGUUUUAGCUACAGUUGUGAGUAUGCAACAGUUGAUUUAAUUGAAGGUGUUCCUACAGCUACUAAAGCUUUUCUUUUCUUUUCAUGCUUUAGAUACAAAACACUCAAACUAGAAGUAGGUGAUCCACAGUAUAACUUGUCUACUACGUGCAUGUCUUAUUUAUUCUGAGUUAAAUAGUUCACAUUAUCUUGGUUUCCACAGCCAUAUUCCAUGUUCUCACGCAGGGUGUGGGUUUAUGGGCAAAGAACCAUUAACAGAUGUUGGGUUUAAAAACACAUUUUACAAGCAAAGGAAUAAUUUCUGUUGUAACAAUUCUUCCGUCGGAUGGAAAGACUUUCUAUAAACUGUGAACUGUAUUUGUUUUUGGAGAUAUCGCUCCGCUUUAUGCAUAGUUAGAUCAGAGUUUCCGUCACCAAAGGACAAUCAGGCAACUGACAACAUACAAAGAUAAGAUUUUACACUAUCCCUUCAUGAAACAAACAUCCGUUUGUUUCCAGCACGUCAAAACACUAUUUACAUUACUUUCUCUUUCCUGUUUAUGGGAACUGCAUGACUCAAAUGUCCGCUAUUUAAGAAUGACGGUUCAAUGUCAUGACAUUGUUAAAACAUCCUAGAGGUGUGAUAACAGCACUGUUUAGUUGGACGUCUACUGUUAUUUGACAGUCUAACUGUAUCUCUGGUUCAGAUGCUACAGCACAGUGGUUUACUUUCUGCAUGGAGUCUACCUAAAGCACCUCGUCGCUGUACAUGCGAUGUCUCAGACUGAUAUUAAUAACUUCUAAUAGCUACUUUGUUGACACUCUUCCUGCCUGUGGCUUGUGUGCAGUGAAACACACACCGACUCGCAGUACCUUAGCAGAGCUAAGAGGGUGACUGAGGGCGGCGGCUUCAGAAUAAGCUACGGCUGGCUUGACGCUCUGUUCAGGGUCUGGCCAGGGCAAUCUUUACAGGGUGCAACUUUGAAAUUUCCUUGUGUUUUUGAAAAUGUUCAGAUGAAUCUCUCACAAAAAAGGGGUCUAAGUGUUUUGAGUCGACUCCUAGACCACAGAUACGGUACCACGAUACUGUUGCAGAUAUUACUACAGGGCAUUCAUAUCCAUCCCAACUACAUUCUUCUUUUCGAGUCCAAAUACUGAAACAUGUUCCAUCUUUUUUUGCUCUGAAUGUGAUCUUUUUAUAAGACGUCCCUCCAGACAAUUCUGUUGUAAUAAAGAGGUGCUUUUGAUCCUGUGUAACGCGCCUGAAGUAGAGAUGAUUCUAACAGCUGGGUCGUCAGCACUGAAUGUAGAAAUGAAUUGUUUCACUCACUUCACUGCUGCCCUGCAGUGUGUGUGUAUGUGUGAUUUCAAAUUAACCAGCAUUCAACACAAACUGUCUGUAAGGUUGAAUUGGAAGAUGUGACCUACAGACGGAUUAUUUAACAGUUCAUGUUUUCACAUUUUUUCUUUCAACACAAGAUUUUGUGGGAUCGCUUAUAAGAAUGUUGAUGGAGAGUCGGUACAGUCGUGUGUUUGGAAGUAGUUCAUGUGUGUAUUCACAUUCAGUCACAUCAACCUUAGAAUUUAGAAAUGUGUCAACUACUAAUCCUGCUCCUAUUUGUUUUGUCACAAGGGAUUUAAAGUUAUCUCUUGUAGAUUCAGGAUUCAAAUUGUCAUGUCCGUCAGCCAUUUAUUUGUAAUCUGAAGAUGGCUGGCGUCUCAUUCAGCCAUAACAUUAAUGCCGAUAUCACAAGUUAGGAUGCAUCUUGUACUCAGCUGUGCCAACAUAAAAUCUUUGGACUCAGUACUUGUGACCCCCAGUUUAUUGAUUUUCACCUCUUUCUUUCAAGUCAUAUUGUAUAUAACAACAAUCCAACAAUGCAAUAAAAACUUUAUUGCACUCAGACAGGGAGGCAAGCUACUGCAAGGGUCGGGCGAUGCUGAAAUGUUUAGAGUCUUUAAAUGUGGAACUCUACAGUAAUGAAACCCUGUAUAGCUCAUCUGAAUCAGGUGAUGUUGUUCUUCAAUUCUUUUACAAUUACCUUCUCUCUUCUUUCUUUUACUCCAUGCUGUUUUUAAUGAAUCAUUCUUUUGACAUUGUCAGGUUGAAAAAAAGAAGAAAAUAAAUUAUAUCUGUUUCACGCUGAUCUCAAAGCUUCAGGCUAUAGCGUUUCAAAUAAAGUCAAAACAAAUGCAAAAGAAAAAGAAAAAAAAAUACUGAAAGCUGUUACUGUAAACACGACAUUUUAAAGGAACUGUGUAUGUAAAAAUAGUAUAUGUAUGUGAUUGAAAAUAAAAACAAAAUCUUUGAUCUUGGA